GAGACUUUUGACAAUCAAAUGGUGGACGCCAUAUUAGAAAGAAAAUUAGAAUUUUAUGGAUGUUUAACUUUAUUAGAACUGCAUUAAUUCAAAAUACAAGAAUUUAUGUAAAAGAAAUAACUGAAAAAUAAUUGGCUUAUAAGAGGGAAUCUUUUACAAACAGUAAACAUGAGUUUCUCUAGCGAUGAAGUGAAUUUUUUAGUUUACAGAUACUUGCAAGAGUCAGGUUUCUUGCACUCUGCGUUUGUUUUUGGGAUAGAAUCACAUAUUUCACAGAGUAAUAUCAAUGGCGCACUUGUGCCACCGGCAGCUUUACUAACAAUUUUACAGAAGGGACUUAUGUAUACAGAGGUGGAGUGGAGUGUGGGAGAAGAUGGUGAGGUCGGUCGUCCAAUAGAAGGGCUCAGUCUUAUAGAUGCUGUUAUGCCUGAAAUUAAACCAGUAAAAACAAAACCAGAUGCUGGAAAAACAAGUUCCGAUAGUGCCAGUUCAGCGGGCAGUGCGAAAUCAGAUGUAAAAGCUGAAAGUAGUGGUUCUUCAGCUGGAGGUUCAGCAACUACAGCAGAUUCAAAUGUUGCAGAUACAACUGCAAGUAGUGGAAAUAACUUAAAUGGUGGUCCUACAGCUGGAGGAAAUUCUUCAGCAAGCCAAAAUAGUGGCAAUGAAAAUGCAGCAUCAAAGAAAAAUACUUCCGAUGGUACUUCAAACAGUGGAAAUUCAGAAAAUAUUGCUUCUACAACAACAAAUGCCGCCAAUGAAACUGGGCAUCAUUCAAGUGAAGUAGCACCUGCUACAGGUUCAAACACAGGUACUGGAGUCUCAUCUGGUACUAUGCCAGGAAAUUCAUCAUCAGCGUCAUCUACAAGUAAUACACAGCAUGUUGGUUCCUCUGCGCCUAACGCUGUCGUCGCUCAAGCAGUUAAUGUUCCCGGUAGUACUGUUGAACCAAUGGAGAUCGAUCAGACUAUUGAAAUUCCGGCAUCGAAAGCAACUGUACUGCGCGGACAUGAAAGUGAAGUAUUCAUAUGUGCUUGGAAUCCAAGUCGAGACUUACUUGCAAGUGGUUCCGGUGAUAGCACAGCGCGUAUAUGGGAUAUGUCUGACGCUAUGGCCUCGCCAAAUCAAUUAGUCUUGCGUCAUUGCAUACAGAAAGGCGGUGCGGAAGUACCGAGCAACAAAGACGUUACUUCUUUGGAUUGGAACUGCGAUGGUACAUUACUUGCUACUGGAAGUUAUGAUGGUUAUGCUCGCAUUUGGAAAACUGAUGGACGCUUAGCUUCAACUCUUGGACAACAUAAAGGGCCAAUAUUUGCUCUAAAAUGGAAUAAACGUGGUAAUUAUAUACUUUCCGCUGGUGUAGAUAAAACAACGAUUAUUUGGGAUGCAUCUACCGGUCAAUGCACACAACAGUUUUCAUUCCACAAUGCACCAGCGCUUGAUGUUGAUUGGCAAACAAAUGUUUCAUUUGCCUCAUGCAGUACAGAUCAACGUAUACACGUUUGUAAGCUGGGUGUAGAUAAACCUAUUAAAACCUUCCAAGGACACACUAAUGAGGUAAAUGCUAUUAAAUGGUGUCCGCAAGGUCAGCUGUUAGCUUCUUGUUCCGAUGAUAUGACACUAAAGAUUUGGUGUAUGAAACGAGAUCAUUGCUGUCAUGACUUGCAAGCACAUUCCAAGGAGAUUUACACAAUUAAAUGGUCACCCACAGGACCGGGCACACAUAAUCCAAACACUAAUCUUAUUCUUGCUUCUGCUUCAUUUGAUUCUACUGUACGUUUAUGGGACGUAGAACGUGGGUCUUGCAUACAUACUUUGACAAAACAUACUGAGCCAGUGUAUUCAGUAGCUUUUAGUCCUGAUGGCAAAUAUUUAGCAUCAGGUAGUUUCGAUAAGUGCGUACACAUUUGGAGCACACAAUCUGGACAUCUUGUGCAUAGCUAUAAGGGCACAGGGGGAAUUUUCGAAGUUUGUUGGAACUCUAAAGGCACAAAAGUUGGUGCAAGUGCAUCUGACGGCAGUGUAUUCGUUUUAGAUUUAAGAAAAUUUUGAUCUAAGUCUCAUUCUCGUAGAUCUUACAUGCAUUAACGAUAAUCAUUUUAAUUUUAUUUGACAUUUAAACAUAUUGAUCUUUUAAUAUAACAUAAGAAGUACUGAUUGCGGUCAUGUACACAAAAUAAAAUAUUUUUACAUGAUAUUUUCUAACAAAAUGACAAAAAUGCGGGAGCAGAUUUCCUAGUGACAAAAAAGUCAUAUCAAACUGGUUCAUUUUCAAUAUUAACCGAAAGUAUUUUAUAAAAUAUAUUCCUCAAACAAAAACAUCAAUCAAAAGACUCGAAAUGAUUUAUCAAUAAUUAAAUGGAUAAAUACUUUUAUACGCUUUACGUAUAUCAAGAUCUUAUCUUCAUAUUUUUUAGUAAAAGUGUUAUCCAUCUGUCACCCACUGUUUUUUCCGCAAAAGGCGUUUUAACUAAUAAAGCGUUUUUGUGCGUAUUUGUCGAAAAAAUCUGUGGGUAAUGAUCGAAAGUUUUGUAAAAUAAGAAUUUUGACGUAGUAAAACAUUAGAAACUCAUUAAGCAAAAAAAAAAAAAUUAGACAUCAAAUUAAAAAAUUUGUAAUAAACCAAAAUUUGGUAUAUUAAUCAAGUUUUAUAAAUGAAUCUUUUUCGAGAUAUUGCUGUCUUUUUGACUGAAGUUUGUUUUCGGAUGAAUAUUCUUUAUCAUGCUGUAUCUCGAAUAAUAUUGAAAAGUGACCACUCAUUAUGUACGACUUCUUUAGUUUCUUUGACUAAGCAAUCAUCCGCAUUUAUGCUAUUUAAAAUAGUUUGGAAAUAUCCUGUAUUAAAACCCAUUUA